AUGAUUCCAUUAAGUGCGCUUGGUGGCUCACGGCCUCCUGGGCCAGAUGCCAGCGGAGAUAGCGCAGGCGGAGCAGCAAGUGCUGGAGCACCUGGCUCCGCCCCAGCUGCUCCUGCAGCUUCUGAGGCAGCUCCCCAAGCUGAGAAAGGCCCCACGCCAGAACAGCCACCUGAGACAAGCGCUGAUGAUGCAGUCGCUGAGGUUGGCAAGAAAGAAGGGCUGGACCCGCUGAUGCCAAUAGUAAUUCCCAACCAGGGUGAGGACAGCCGCCCGGUUCCAAAGCAGGUUCAGUGCUUGGAAAAUGGCACAGACCUCUUCAAGAUGUUUGAGGUUGACAUGAACAAGUUUGACGCGUCACAAACGCGGAAGGCGUACCACAAGAUGGCAACCUUUGUACAUCCAGAUAAACUGGGACGCGAGCCAACAGAUGCUGAUCGUGCACGCUUUACCAAACUCAAGCAGGCUUACACUGUUCUUAUGGACGAGCAACUCAGAGCAGUGUACAGACAGCAUUGCUUUGGUAUUGCUGGCACUGGAGGCUGUCCCCCACAAGGGCACGAAGCUGCCUUGAGCAAAGCUCUGGAGAUGGCCCGUGAACUUCGAAAGAUGGGGGAAGAGAGAGCUUUGGUGCUGUACAAGCAUGCUGGCAAGAGCUUGUUGGAGAAGCUUCUGCCCGAAAUCUCUGGUGGGAAGCACAAGAUGGGUCACGCUGGAGUUCUUGUGACACCAGCAGUGUUGGAUUCAACCAGCAGCCAGACGUGGGAUGGAAUCCUUGAGGCAAACCCGUGGCUGAAGACGACCAACUUGGUUGCCAAGCCCGAUCAGCUGAUCAAACGUCGUGGCAAGGCUGGCCUCAUUGCAGUGAACAAGACCUUUGACGAGGCGAAACAGUGGGUGAUGGAUCGCAUGUGCAAAGAGCAGAAGGUGGAACACGUGACCGGACAGCUGACGCACUUCCUCAUCGAACCUUUCGUGCCUCACAAGCAGGAACAGGAGCACUACAUUUGCAUGCUGUCACAUCGAUACCAUGAUGAGAUCCUGUUUUACCACGAGGGUGGAGUUGAUGUGGGAGAUGUGGAUGCCAAGGCAGAGCGCAUGGAAAUCCCAACUGGAGAGGCAUUGACAGAGGCAGCUGUCACUUCGAAGUUGCUUACAAAACUUGCAGCUGCAAAGAAGGGAGGCAUGGCCUCUUUCAUUUGCAGCCUGUAUAAGUUCUACAUGGACUUGCACUUUGCAUACUUGGAGAUCAACCCUUUGGUCAUGUUGGAUGACAACACAGUGGUGCCGCUCGACAUGGCUGCAAAGAUUGAUGAAACGGCGAACUUCCUGGCUGCGCAGAAGUGGGGUGAGCUUGAUUGGCCGCCUCCCUUCGGCCGCGCAGCCUACCCUGAGGAAGCUUUGAUCCGUGACAUGGACGGCCGAACCGGUGCCUCAUUGAAGCUGACCAUUCUCAACGAGAAGGGCCGUGUGUGGACCAUGGUUGCUGGAGGUGGUGCUUCCGUUGUGUAUGCGGACACAGUGGCUGACUAUGGCAUGGGUCAUGAGCUUGCCAACUACGGUGAGUAUUCUGGUGCUCCUUCUACUGAAGAGACCUUUGUCUAUGCCAAGACCCUGCUGUCCCUCAUGAUGAAGUACAAGCACCCGGAAGGAAAAUUCUUGAUUAUUGGUGGCGGCAUCGCAAACUUUACCGAUGUGGCUGCGACAUUCACCGGGCUCAUCAAGGCACUGCAGGAGUAUGCGGAUGACAUCAAGGACAGCUGUCACGACUUACAGUAUUGGACCAACAGCCCCAACUACCUGGAGGGCUUGCGCAAAGUCAAGGCAGCAAGCGACAAGUUGGGCCUCGGCAUCAAGGUGUAUGGUCCUGAGACCCACAUCACCGCUAUCAUCCCGAUGGCUUUGGGCCUCCAAGAGCCCCUUCCCGAACCAGACCUUUCCGCUCCUGCCGGACCACCUGUUCGCAAAAUGAUUGACUUGAAGGGCAAGAAGCCAGUGGGAAAGGGUCACCCGCCAGCACCUGCAGGAACCAAGCACACUUUGGUUACAGCAACGCCGGACACUACUUCCAUUGUCUACGGCAUGCAGAACCGCGCAGUACAAGGAAUGUUGGAUUUCGACUUCAUGUGCAAGCGUAAGAAGCCAUCCGUUGAGGCCAUGAUUUUCCCUUUCUCUGGCAACCACUACGUGAAGUUCUACUGGGGCACCGAAGAGAUCUUGAUGCCUGUCUACACCACCACGAAGGAGGCGGUGCAGAAGCAUCCCAACACCUCUGUCUUCGUGAACUUCGCAUCAUUCCGAUCAGUGCAUGAGACAACCAUGGAGGCGAUGAACUACCCCAACCUCAAGACCAUGGCCAUCAUUGCUGAGGGUGUUCCCGAGCAACAGACCCGUGACAUCAUCAAGGCUGCAGAGCAGAAGGGUGUAGGCAUCAUCGGCCCGGCCACUGUGGGUGGUAUUAAGCCUGGUUGCUUGCGAAUUGGAAAUACCGGCGGAAUGCUGGACAACAUUGUGAUGUCGCGCCUGUAUCGCCCGGGCUCUGUGGCAUAUGUGUCCAAGUCUGGUGGAAUGUCCAACGAGCUGAACAACAUCAUUGCACGCAAUUCCGAUGGUGUCUAUGAAGGUGUGGCCAUUGGUGGUGACCGCUACCCAGGAAGCCGCUUUUUGGACCACUUCCUCCGCUACCAGGACGACCCCAAGGCCAAGAUGCUGCUCUUGCUGGGAGAGGUUGGCGGCGUGGACGAGUAUGAUCUGAUCGAGGCCAAGAAGAAGGGCCGCAUUACCAAGCCUGUGAUUGCGUGGUGCGUCGGAACCUGUGCAUCCUGCUUCACCACAGAGGUGCAGUUCGGUCAUGCAGGCGCUCAGGCCAGAGGUGACAUGGAGACCGCUGCUGCAAAGAACAAGGCAAUGAAGGAAGCUGGCUUCUUCGUGCCAGAUUCUUUUGACAAGCUGCCAGACAUGAUCAACCAGGUCUACACUCAGCUUGUGGAGGAAGGUGAGAUCGUUGAGACCCCUGAAGGUGAGACUCCACAGGUGCCAAUGGACUACACCUGGGCAAAGAAGUUGGGCAUGAUCAGGAAGCCUGCAAACUUCAUUUCCUCGAUUUCUGAUGAUCGUGGAGAGGAGCUUACCUACUGCGGUAUGUCCAUCUCGGAUGUCUUCACAAAGGACAUCGGCAUCGGUGGCGUGCUGUCCCUUCUGUGGUUCCGCAGACAGCUCCCAGACUACUGCACAAAGUUCAUUGAGAUGAUCUUGAUGGUUACUGCAGACCACGGCCCUGCUGUGAGCGGAGCACACAACACCAUUGUCACAGCCCGUGCAGGAAAGGAUCUCGUGUCUUCCCUUUGCAGCGGCUUGCUGACCAUUGGUCCUCGCUUCGGUGGUGCCCUGGAUGAUGCCGCCAAAAUGUUCGCUGAAGCGCAGGGCAGCGGUGUCGCACCUAAGGACUGGAUUGAGAAGAUGAAGAAGAGCAAUCAGCUCAUCAUGGGCAUUGGACAUCGCAUCAAGUCCUUGGCCAACCCCGACCAACGAGUCGAAAUCAUUAAGGGCUUUGCAAAGAAGAACUUCAAAUCCACGCCGACUCUGGACUAUGCCCUGGCAGUGGAACAGAUCACUACCCGCAAGAGGGCGAACUUGAUCCUGAACGUUGACGGCUGCAUUGCUGUGUCUUUUGUGGACAUGAUUCGUUCCUGCGGUGCAUUCUCAAAGGAAGAGUGCGAUGACCUCAUGGCAUUUGGCUGCCUCAAUGGCCUGUUCGUUUUAGGUCGAUCCAUUGGCUUUAUCGGACACUACCUCGACCAGCUCAGGCUGAAGCAGCCUCUUUACCGCCAUCCUUGGGAUGACAUCACAUACAUCCAGGAGCUUGCUGGACAAGGGCCAGAGUAG